CGGAGAGGAGGAACCGCAGAAGCAGUGAAGGGGAGGACAGACAGACCUCUUCCCUGCUGAGCACCCCUGCCACUUGGACUGUGAAGGAGAGCAAGGCCGUCUUUCCAGACAUCGCCACAGCAGAAUCUGCCAAGAAGACAACUUGACCCAUAAGGGACACGGCUUUGGUGCUAAUGUGAAUGAUGAACCAUCCGACGGGGAAGGAAUAUGAGGCUGAUACUGACUUGCAAAGGGAUGAGGAUGGUGGUCCUCUGGGUGGAGAUUCAACUGACGAGGGAGAAGUGGAGGUUGAAGAUGAUGCCCUGACAGAUGAAGAACGUACGUUUUUAAAACAGUUCCCCAGCUGGAAAAAGGAGACGAAAAAGCACAUCAGAAAACUCCGUGUCAUCGCAGACGGCAUUGACAAAAGCCACCAAAAAGCCACCAAGACCAACGUGGUAUCUAACUCUGCAUCAGCCAUCUCUGGGAUCAUGAGUCUCCUGGGUUUGGCCCUUGCUCCAGCAACUGCAGGUGGAAGCCUGGUGUUCACUGCUGCUGGGACAGGUUUAGGGGUGGUUGCUGGGGUCACCAAUAUUGUGACCAAGGUGAAGGAAAGCUCUCGAAACAAAAGAGCCCUAGCUGAGGCCAACAGAAUCAUGCCUACCAGUGACCAAGAGCUUGAGAACGUUAGGGGAAAGAAGACAGCCUAUGUCACGGCUACUGGUGAGAUUAUCUCCAAAUGUGGGACCGCCUGGGAAACCAUCAAGAACCACAUCCGAGCCCUCCAGCUAACCAAAACACACCCCCAUGUUGCUUCAGCUGCCAAGAAGCUCAUGAGUGCUGGCCAAGCCUCAGCCCAAACCGGCAGGCAGGUACAGAAGGCGUUUGGGGGCACAGCCCUGGCAAUGACCAAAAACGCUCUCAUGAAGAAUGGUCUACUUGCUGCCUUCUUUCUUUUCCGUGACAUACAUUCUCUCUAUGAGGGCUGGAAGGAACUGGAGGCUGCAACGCCAACGGAGCUUGCAAAAGAGUUAAGAGAGCGGGCUGAGGUGCUGGAUCGGGUAUUAUCAGAACACACCCGUCGCUACAAGAGGCUGAAGAAGAAACUCAGAGACUCACAGAAGAGACCUUUGGGGUCUUCUUUGAAAACGGCCAUGGAAACUCAGCCUCCUCCUCUAUCCUCCAUUGAGAAAGCAAGGCCCAGGGGACAGUGGCAUAGAGGAGCUGAGGUCAUGGGUCUUUGAGAUCAAUAAAUGGGGACCAGGGUGGGGGUAGCAAGGCUGGCAGAGGUGAUGCCUGGAGGCUCAUACAUGGGGAGCUGCCAGGGAGGUCCCUAGGGUCUCAGAAGGGAGGGUCCUGUCAGCCCCACUCCUGAACCUGCCUCCCUUCUUCACACUGACUCAACCACCACGUCCACUCUCCCUGGUCGCCAUCACUCACUCACACAGCCCCUGCUUGGUUUCAGACAGAUAUGGCUUCCGGCCAGCUUCUGUAGUAAUUAGCAAUGACUAGUAAUUAGCAAUGAUAAGGUGUGAAGAUUCCCAGUCCACCCAGUCUCCCUGUGUUCUCUUCCUCCCCACCCAGAGGGGACUGCUGGCUCAGAGCCAGGUUUCCACACAAAGGCUGUCACUGGAACCUGCUAGGCCAGAUUCCAGGGGAAGGACAGAGGGAGGCCUGCAUGCCACUCCUGGCUGCCGGGUCUCCCAUCAUAAACAUCCGUUUCUCUCUUGAAAGUCACACACGGGUGGUAGAACACUUAACGACCACACAAACCUACUCUGGGAAGGAAAAGGCUGGGGGAGAACUAGCCCAGGAGUGUUGAGGCUGUGGCACAUGCACACGGCAGGACUUCUGUGUUCUUUCUUUCCAGGGUGUCUAGGUGCUGGCUGUCCACCGCUGUCGUUAGACUCUGGGGGCCCCUCCCUCCUAGUGUGCUGUAGAACUGGGCUCCUUUUCCCUCAUCCUUUGUGAUCCCUCACUUGCUCACCCUCCCACCUUGUUCUCUGUAGUCACAGAACUGCCCGCCCUCACCCCUUUACACGGCAGGUAGACUAUGUUGGCACACAAGCGCUUGGGCUUAGGGGUACCGUGAGCAUACACAGGUCACGGGUGUCGGGUGUCGGUCUCCACCUCAGGGAUAGGUGAGGAAGGAUGCUCACUGCCGCCAGGAAGAGCUGUACCCCCCACCCCCCGGGCCACUCCCUGGAAGGGGAUUGGGUAAGAAUACAAGACGUACUCUGAUUGGUCAGGACCAGGUUCCUCCGGGAGGAGAAGGAAGUGUUUAUACUCCACUUUCCAGAGCGUUGAGGUUUCGAGUUUUCUGACCCUUGCUGUAGUGAAAUGACCUUAGCAGAAGCUUGCUUUGUGACUUUGAAGACGCUUUUUCUCAAAAUCAAGUCCUCAAACUGGGAUCCCUAAGAUAAAGACCCCUCGAAAGGGAAACGAGAGGAACCCACGGGGACACUAUAACGCAGUAGAAGCAAUUUGGGGUUUACGUGUGAGUGUGUGCAUACGUGUGUGCGUGUGCUGCUUAGGAUGGAAGCAGGGCCUCAUGCAUGACACACCAAUACUGUAAUGGCCCAGCUGCACCGUGACCCUGGCAGCUGUGUGGAGCAGAGAGAGACUGGGCCCACAGCACUACGGAGUGGGGCUUGUUGAAUGAGCUUUGCUUAUGAAUCCUGUGACCUAUGGGCUUGAAACAACAGUCAAAGAAGAAAUAAACUAAUGAAGCCAGGAGAUAGUGGCAC